CGUGCGGCGCCGACUGAGGGUGAACCUGGCUGCCGGCGUCUUUGGGGAAGGUGGGUGCUCGCGGAUUCGGGCCCCGCGGAGCCCAGGCCACGCUCCGCCCGCUGCUGGACCCUGUCCCCGGCCAAGCCCUGUCCUCCCCGGACUCGCAGGCUCUGCAGCCUGUCUUCCCCGGUGGCCGUCCUCCCUGCGGGCCUCUUCUCGCCGCCCCUGUGCCGGGCCGGCCGGUGUGGUCCCUGCGGUGGCGCCUGGCAUCCCCAGGAGGCCGCGCAGCCCUGGGCAGUUGCAACUCAGCAGCUGUCUGCCGGCCGAGUCAAGAUGCAAGGUCGGCAGGAGCUGGGGGGAGAGCCUAUGAGUGACCCCGCCGGGGAGUCUGGUGAGGUGUCCCUCAUCCAGACGAGCAGAGGACAGAGUGCUGACCGUCUGGAGCGCACAGAGAGCUGCUGCACUGGUCCCGGGGCCUUGCCUGAGCGGAAAGCUAGCGGCCCCUGGCUGGAAGAAGGCCUGCCUACCUGCCCACCCAGCUGUCCCCACUCAGGGGAGCUCUGCGGCGGGUGGGGGGAGUUCGAAAGCUUCCAGGAAUCUGAGGCUGAGCAGUCCUCUCAGUCCCUGGGACUCCCCGGGAGAUGCACAGGACCUCAGCGACAGAGAACCCCUUCUGUCCCAAAGGAGCAUGGUUCGUGCCAGGCACAGCAGGGUGGACCCUGGGUGACAGGAACUGCUGCUGGGCCGUCUUCAGAGCUCAUUCUCAGCUCUGAGAAUGUUUUUAGCUUUGCUUUUCAAGAAGUCUCAGUGGAGCAGGCAGCUGAAGAUAUUUGCUCCUUAGACCAUUUCUUAGAAAUAAACAGCAAAGAAAGUGCUGGCCUUGCAUCUGUGCCCAGACUGUGUUCUGAAUCUAGGAAACUCUGGAGAGCCCUUCAGAACACUGAUACCAUGUCUCCUUCACAAGGCCUCUGGAGUGAUUCUCGCUGCCAGGAAAACCUCUUUCUUGUUCUUGGCGUAGAUACUGCUCAGAAGAGCCUUUCCCGAGUCCAGGGUCACACUUCAGAAAAUUCUGACCUCAGGGAACCUGAAGAUCUGCUGGCAGUCAGCAGCUUCCACCUACACCACUGCAAAGCCCUGAUCCAGACCAAGCUCUCAGGGACGCCUGGAGGUGGAAAAGGGAGCCUGAUUACCUACAGCCUGUUUCUGAAGACACCCCUACAUGGGACCGGGCACUGUAUCACCAUUCCACGGAAAAAGAUCCUCACUCCACGCACCCUAAAAAUGGCAUUCUUUAAAGAUAUCCGCUGAAAGCAGGAGUGUUCUGUACCUUUGGGAGACAUUUUACAUUUUUGUUUUUUACUGGAUUGGUACUAGAAACUGGGAACUAUUUUGUGGAGGUUUCCCAGUUCCAUGUCAUUUUAUAGGACCUCUGUCAGCCCACCCUGUGCCCCAACCUGUCAGGUCUGAGAGAGUACACAGAGGAUGUGUCCUUGGAGCCAAUCUCCAUGUACAGAGGCAGGGUUUCUUGGUACACUGCAGGUUGGGGCCAGGUACCCAGUCAUAACUCAGGCCUGGCUCAGAUCCAAGAGUUCAGAAGAAAGUGGGAGACAGCUGCUGAACACCUGCAGGAAACCCUCUGCUCCAGGCUCUGGCUGCUCCUGCUGUUUCCUUAAGUUUCUCGAGUGACCCCAUGCUGGAUCCCAUCUUUUCCCAGUGGCCCUUGGGACAUGCUUUUUCUCAGAGGUGGGGAGAUCAUGUCGGGUGUCCCAGAAGGCUCCAGUAGGGCUACCUUCCUUGGUCAUGUGCUGGGGCAGAUAUAAGCAGGUAGCACUGAGUUUGGUAACAUUUUAUUAAAUAGAAAUACUGGGUAA